GUCGUCACGUUGUUUACCUUCAAUCGGAAAGCGUGCUCAGCGCCGGAUCAUUCCAGAAACUGUAGAAAUUUGCAUUCCCAGUCGAAAACCUUGCCCAAACUGUGUGCUCACUGGCGACUCAAGGAUGGAGACCGCAACCGAACAAAGUGCCGUUUUCCCAAAGCUGAGUGUGGACGAGGAACCGGAGCUUGGAGCAACCGAGAUCGAGUCCAUGUGCAUGAACUGUCAAGAGAAUGGCAUCACGAGGCUGCUGCUGACGCAAAUUCCAUUUUACAAGGAGGUGGUCAUCAUGUCAUUUUCCUGCGAGCACUGCGGAUACGAGAACAACGAGAUACAGCCGGGUGGCGAGAUCGCCCCAAAGGGCAUCAAGAUUUGUACGCAGAUAGAAACGACACGAGAUCUCAAUCGACGCGUGAUCAAGUCUGACUUUUCCUGCGUACGGAUAGAGCAGCUCGAUUUCGAAAUUCCGGCCCAGUCCCAGAAGGGCGAGGUGACGACGGUGGAGGGCAUAAUUGAUCGCGUGGUGCGGGGACUGGAGCAAGAUCAACCGGUCCGUCGGAUACAGCAUCCGGAGGCGGCCUCGCAAAUCGAUGACUUUAUCAGCAAUCUGCAGUCGCUGAAGGAACUGAAGCAACCAUUCACCCUUACGAUUACGGAUAUUUCGGGCAACAGCUUUGUGGAGAACCCAAAAGCCCCGCAGGCAGACCCGGCUACUACGAUCACACACUUUCAGCGAUCGAAGGAGGAAAACCAUCUGCUUGGGAUUUUCACGCACGAUGAAGUGGACGAUAAGCCGGCGGUAGCUGGAGGAGGAGAGUCGAAGCUUGAACCCGUGCCCGAGGAGGUGGACAGCCUGUUGAAACCCAUUCGGGAAGGUGCCUGGCCUCUGGAGGAGUUGCAGGGAGAGGUGCUGCAGUUUCAAACACAGUGCCCCGAAUGUUCGUCGGACUGCGACACCAACAUGAAGGUGACCACGAUACCGCACUUUAAGGAGGUUGUCAUCAUGGCCACGGUUUGCGACAAUUGUGGUUUGCGUACGAACGAGGUGAAGCCGGGCGGUGGUAUCGAGGAGCAGGGCGUCAAGAUUGAGGUAACCGUUCGUGGUCGAAUCGAUUUUGCGCGUGACGUACUGAAAUCGGAAUCGUGCAACCUGCACAUCCGCGAGUUGGAGUGUGAGGUGGGUGCGGGAGCACUUGGUGGUCGCUUCACAACGAUCGAAGGAUUGCUGACGGCGAUGCGCGAACAGCUGGUGGAGAGUACGGGCAUGUUUAUGGACUCGAACGAUGCCGAAACUCGCGAUCGUAUGGACAAGUUUUUCGGACACCUGGAUGAGGCGAUCGCGGGCAACAAACGGUUGACGAUCGUGCUUGAUGAUCCGACCGGUAACAGCUACGUGCAGUCCCUGAACGACGAUGGUACGCCCGAUGAAGCGCUCCGCAUUAUACGAUAUCAUCGUUCGUUCGACCAGAACGAGGAACUUGGGCUUAACGAUAUGAAGACGGAAAACUAUGGCGAGGAAGCGCUCACCGAGGAGCGUGCUGGUGAUGGAGACAGUUAGGCAUCAUCAACGCAGUACGAAAUACAUGUAUGCAAAGUU